AUGGGCUCACCCAAGCCAUCUGCGGCCGGUAUCAUUGGUUAUGGAGCCGAUGUGAGUGGCACUUCAUUUAAAGCGCAACAGAACAUCGGUGUUCUCAAUUCAGUAAAUCCAGAGUCUAGGAAGAGUAUGAUCAGUCUCACAGUUGGAACACCCUGGAAUAACACCAACUGGAACCUAGAUAUAAAAAACCAAGUGUUGAUGACUGAUACUCACAUUCUAGCCUUGGCGAAUUGCUUCCAGCAGGUGGCUCUUCUUAUCUUAAAGAGAGCAACUUUCGCGAACUGGAUUGGCAACGAGUUUUUAUGGGACCAACUAUGA